GUGCGGUGGAACCGGUCCCCGCGUGACCAGAACGCGGCCCUCCGCGAGCGGUUGACUGCUUAUAAGGCCGGCUCGCUGCUGGGCGUUAACAUCUCCCGGCCGCAGCCGCCGCAGAUUUGGAAUUCUACGCUAAAGUCAUCAUGGGCAUUUUCCAGACGCUGAUGAAAAAUAAGGAACUCAUUCCUCUGGCGCUUAUCAUAUCUACGGCCGCCACUGGAGCCCUCUCUUUUGGUUUAUAUGCUUUGAAAAAAACCGAUGUGGUACUUGAUCGAAAAAAAAACCCAGAACCUUGGGAAAUGGUGGAUCCUACUCAACCCCAAAAGCUCAUUACCAUCAACCAGGAAUGGAAGCCCAUUGAGGAGCUGCAGAAAGUCCGAAGGGCGACCCGAUGAUUGCUCUCCUCCCUGUUCUUCCAAAGAACACUCUAUGAAUCUAGUGGAAACACUUCUGCACAAACUAGAGUUUGGAGCCAGUGUGCGGAAAUGCUUCUGCUACAUUUUUAGGGUUUGCCUACAUUCUUUGGGUCCUGCGUGAGCAAUUGGAGGUAACCCAUAGUCUGACAAUAGUUUUCUGUGUUCAGUGCUGUAAAUUUUAAUUUUCACAUUUGAAAAUUUAUGUUUGUGAUGCUUGGAUUUAUCCCUUAAAAUGUAUAAACAUGUAUAAAUUAGAUUACUACCUGUAAUAAAAAUUUUUUUUUGCAAUC